UGACCAGUCUAAUUACCACCUCUAAAUAGUAGUAGUUAUUCUUCAAAAGUUUUGAACUUAUAAAAUCUUGCAGGCGUGCAACAGAGAUGGGUUGUUUAUGAUCUACAACUCUUUCCAGAGGCCUGCGUCUUCCGAAUCUUUAACAACGUUAGGUUACUUGGACAACGAAUUCUUAAAUCAACAUGCAGGAAGUAUGAAGUCAGUGGUUGAGGCAGCACAUAAGCAUGCCUAAUCUAACCUCGAUUCCUCCAUUAACCAUGCUCCCUUUAUAACAACACCAGAAAAUAAACAAGAGAAAAUUUCCUCUGCUGAUCACCACAUAAACCGCCAAGCUGAUGGCAACUUGUAUCAUCACCUUGGUUGUUCUUCUCAUGGCACUCUUCCAAUCAACAUCUGCUACGAACAUUCCUCCAAGGAAUCAAGAUCUAGGCGUCGCCAUUGAAGAAAUGCAGAAGGCUAACUACUUCACCUUCGUCAUGCUGAUCAACAUGGUCCCUCUCGAUCCAAAAAUUCAUGGAAAUGUCACUUUCUUGAUGCCCAAUGACCGGAUGUUGUCAAAAACAAUAAUUCCACACUCUGCAGUUUCUGCCUUCUUAUAUCGCCAUUCAAUACCCUCCCCUUUGCUUUUUGAGAAUCUUCAAUACAUUCCAACAGGUUCAAUUCUUCCCAGUUCAGAGCCGGAGUACAUGCUCAAGAUUUCAAACGGUGGUGGCAGGAGGAGUUUCUUCCUCAACGAUGUGAGAAUCAUUAGCCCAAAUAUAUGCACUGCAAGAUCUUCCAUCCGGUGCCAUGGCAUUGAUGGGGUGUUGAGUGCAGUAAAGUUGCCAGGAAGUAACACUCCCCUGUCUACUUGCUCUAACAGCACGGGUUCUGCAGCAUCACCCUCUCCGGUGGCUGCGCCACCAUCACCAGCUCCAAUUUUUCCUUUCUCUGAUGAUUCUCCUGUGCCUGCCCCGCAAACAGCUGAUAGCAGCCAAAAUAAAUCAGGAUCUUCACAGUUUCUAUCAGAUAGCAAACUGUUGAAAUUUACAGGGACUCUUUUGGUAGUAUCAAUAAUUGGAGUUUCCAUGUGAAAGUUUAUGAAAAAUUUGAAAAAAACUUAAAUAUUUCAACUUGUAAAUGUGCUUAUUGAUGGUUGGUAAGAUUUUUUAUGUAUGUUUCAGCCUCAAAUUCAGUGUAUAAUUGCAUGGUGUGCUUAAUUUUGAUUAACUAUUAUUUUUUUAAAUAUUGUAUUAUGUUAU